CUGGUCUCCAGCCAUCCUCCUGCCUCAGCUUCCCAAAGUGUUGGGAUUACAGAAUUUCUUGGCUCUUUGUGCCAGUAACUACUACAAUGGCUGUAUAUUUCAUAGAAAUAUCAAGGGUUUCAUGGUUCAAACAGGAGAUCCAACAGGUACUGGAAGAGGAGGUAACAGUAUCUGGGGCAAGAAGUUUGAGGAUGAAUACAGUGAAUAUCUUAAGCAUAGUGUUAGAGGUGUUGUAUCUAUGGCUAAUAAUGGCCCAAACACUAAUGGAUCUCAAUUCUUCAUCACCUAUGGCAAACAGCCACAUUUGGACAUGAAAUACACCGUAUUUGGGAAGGUAAUAGAUGGUCUGGAAACUCUAGAUGAGUUGGAGAAGUUGCCAGUAAAUGAGAAGACGUAUCGACCUCUUAAUGAUGUACACAUUAAGGACAUAACUAUUCAUGCCAACCCAUUUGCUCAGUAGCUGUAAUAGACCUGGACACGUAACUUGACAAACUGCUGGAACACACUUAUUGUGGUUUACCCGGUUUUAAUUAUGUCAGAGAUUGCAUCAUCCUUCUGCUGGUUCACAACUAUGAUCUUCUAUGAAAUGGUGGUACCAACGGGCGCCCAACAGCUUUUAUCCCCAUUCUUAGAGCAUAUUCUUUACUAUGAUUAUCCAAAAUGUUUUAGUUUUAAUACAGAAAAUAUAUUGUUUAAUUUUU